AUCCAGCCAAAUCAAUCAUUGAGAAAUAAUAAUAUUAAUAAAAGCCAAAAACUAAAUCAAAUCAAUCAAGGCACCAAGACGCUGGGGGGAUAUCCACUGUUCGGUCAAGGUUGACGAUGUGUCAAACUGUGUAAGGGAAUCGCAUGGAGAUGGGCGUUCUGAACUGUUAAUGGGGACAUGGGACUCCAGUUGUCUCUGAUCACUUGUGUGGAUUUUCCUGGUGCAGAACGACAGAAGCCGCUAGUAAGUUGCCAAGACCUACAGCAGGGAUUCUGCGUGAAAGGGCAUCAAACCUCGUUAUUUUAAUUUGCAUCUGGGAGAAUGUCUGAGCAAGGAGACCUGAGUCAGGCGAUGGUGGAGGGAGGAGGACCAGAGCAGGAGACGGCCACUCCGGAGAACGGCAUCGUUAAGUCGGAAAGUCUGGAUGAAGAGGAGAAGCUGGAACUGCAGAGGCGGCUGGAAGCUCAGAACCAAGAGAGAAGAAAAUCCAAGUCAGGAGCCGGAAAAGGUAAAUUGACCCGCAGUCUUGCUGUCUGUGAAGAAUCCUCAGCCAGACCAGGAGGUGAAAGUCUCCAGGAUCAGGAAUCAAUUCAUUUACAGCUUUCCAGUUUCCCCAGCCUGCAAGAGGAUGAUAAAUCUAGGAAAGAUGACUCUGAAAGAGAAAAAGAAAAGGAUAAAAACAAAGAUAAAACCUCUGAAAAACCCAAGAUCAGAAUGUUAUCAAAAGAUUGCAGCCAAGAAUAUACGGAUUCUACAGGCAUAGACUUACACGAGUUUCUGAUUAACACAUUAAAGAAUAAUUCCAGGGACAGGAUGAUACUCUUGAAAAUGGAGCAGGAAAUUAUUGAUUUCAUUGGUGACAACAAUAAUCAUUAUAAAAAGUUCCCUCAGAUGUCAUCCUAUCAAAGGAUGCUUGUCCAUCGAGUGGCAGCUUACUUUGGGCUGGAUCAUAAUGUGGAUCAAACAGGGAAAUCUGUUAUCAUUAACAAGACCAGCAGCACAAGAAUACCAGAGCAAAGGUUUUGUGAACAUUUAAAAGAUGAAAAAGGUGAAGAAUCCCAGAAGCGGUUUAUCUUGAAGCGAGAUAACUCUAGUAUUGAUAAAGAAGACAAUCAGUCAGUUUGCUCCCAGGAAAACCUUUAUGUGGAAAACAGUAGGCUCUUGGAAGACAGUAACAUAUGCAAUGAGACGUAUAAGAAAAGACAGCUCUUUCGGGGCAACAGAGAUGGCUCAGGGAGAACAUCUGGGAGUCGACAGAGCAGCUCGGAGAACGAACUCAAAUGGUCCGACCACCAAAGGGCCUGGAGCAGCACAGACUCUGAUAGCUCCAACCGCAAUCUCAAGCCUGCCAUGACCAAGACGGCGAGUUUUGGGGGCAUCACGGUGCUGACCAGGGGUGAUAGCACAUCCAGUACCAGGAGUACCGGGAAGCUGUCCAAAGCAGGUAGUUCCGAGUCUUCCAGCAGUGCAGGCUCCUCAGGAUCGCUGUCCCGUACCCAUCAACCCCUCCAGAGUGCACCCCUGGUCUCAGGUGUGGCAGCCAGUUCUCCUGGCUGUCUGCCCUAUACGGAGAAUGGAAUGGGCAGCCAGGUUGCUCCCAGCAGCACCAGCUACAUCCUCGUUCCACUGGAAGCUGCAACAGGCAUCCCACCUGGAAGCAUCCUUCUUAAUCCACAUACAGGCCAGCCCUUUGUGAAUCCCGAUGGAACCCCUGCAAUAUACAACCCCCCCGCCAGUCAGCAGCCCCUGCGAAGCUCGAUGGUGGGGCAGUCCCAGCAGCAGCCACAGCAGCAGCCCUCUCCCCAGCCGCAGCAGCAGGUGCAGCCACCACAGCCGCAAAUGGCAGGCACACUAGUGACUCAGUCUGUCCAGGGGCUGCAGCCUUCCUCCCAGUCAGUGCAAUAUCCAGCAGUCUCUUUUCCUCCCCAGCAUCUCCUGCCUGUGUCUCCAACGCAGCAAUUCCCCCUGAGAGAUGAUGUGGCGACACAGUUCAGCCAAAUGAACCUGAGCCGGCAAUCCUCAGGAGAGACUCCUGAGCCCCCAUCCGGUCCUGUCUACCCACCGUCCCUCAUGCCACAGCCAACCCAACAGCCGAGCUAUGUCAUUGCCUCUGCAGGCCAGCAGCUCCCUACAGGGGGCUUCUCAGGCUCUGGACCUCCCAUCUCCCAACAAGUCCUCCAGGCCCCUCCCUCACCCCAAGGAUUUGUGCAACAGCCUCCACCUGCACAGAUGCCUGUAUAUUAUUAUCCAUCUGGUCAGUACCCUACCUCAACCACGCAGCAGUACCGGCCCAUGGCCUCAGUUCAGUACAGUGCUCAGAGGGGUCAGCAGAUGCCACAGACAGCACAGCAAGCAGGUUACCAGCCGGUCUUGUCUGGUCAACAAGGGUUCCAAGGCCUACUGGGAGUGCAGCAGCCGCCUCAGAGUCAGAGCGUGAUGAGCAACCAAACAGGAACUCCGGUGCAAAGCGUGAUGGUCUCCUACCCAACCAUGUCUUCUUAUCAGGUGCCAAUGACCCAGGGUUCUCAAGGACUGCCCCAGCAGUCUUACCAACAGCCAAUCAUACUACCUAACCAGGCAAGUCAAGGGUCACUCCCAGCCACUGGAAUGCCUGUUUACUGUAAUGUCACACCGCCGACCCCUCAGAACAACCUUAGGCUGAUUGGCCCACACUGCCCCUCCAGCACUGUCCCCGUGAUGUCAGCUAGCUGCAGGACAAACUGUGCGAGUAUGAGCAACGCCGGGUGGCAGGUCAAAUUCUGAGUGAUCUGGCUGGAGUACAUUUCUUCAGAUAUUACUCAUGGCCUUUAAGGGAAGAUGAGCAAGGUGGAAAACUGGCUGAGGACUUAAGUAUUCACUCAACACUCAAAUGAUUGCUGCUGGUAUUCUGUAAAAAAAAAAAAAAAGACUAAUACACACAUUAGCUGGUUAAUGGUGCAUAUUUCUGUCAUGUCUGCUAGGUAUGCCUUUAUAGCUUAGCUAGUGACAUGAAUUCAUCAAGGUAAGAUUUUCUCCUACCACUGAAUACCACUGUGUAGAUUAUAAUAUCCCUAAUUUGGAUUCUUAGUUUUGUACUUUGUGUUGAGUUUGUGAUGCGAAAAGUAUUUAAAAAUUAUAUACUGAAAUCACAUUGUACCAAAGCUGUAAUGG